GGGCCGGGCACCGCCCACGCGCGCCCGGGGUGGGAGCCGGCUGAGGUGGAGGGAGCGCGGCCGGCGACGGCGGCGACCCACCGUGGGCGUCCCAGGCUGCGGGGCCGCUGGCGCUGCUCGAGCGCUUUCCGCGGGGUUUGGCUCCUGUCGCUUCCCGUCUCGCCGAACCGGCAUCGCAGCCGCUGCCGCCGCCGCUGCUGCUGCUGCUUCUGCUGCUGCUGCCGCCGCCGGAGCCUCGGCGCGUUCCCGGAGCCAGGCUACCGGCGGCCGGGCGCGCCGGGGAGGGGACGCGGACGCAGAACAAAUUGUCGCGAUUCGGUCGAUGAUCGGAGUAUUUGUCGUUUGUGGCACGUGAACAUAGAAGCACUUCCGGAGCGGAUAAACUGCCUGAUACAAAAAGCCCAGUGGACAGUUGGGAAACUGAACUGCCCUCUCUGUGGGGCCCGCGUAGGGGGCUUUAAUUUUGUCAGCACUCCAAAAUGUUGCUGUGGCCAGCCGGCAGCUGUACAUCCCUGCAAGAGCCGAACCGAUCGUCCCCCAGCACAGGCAGGCCAUCUCAUGAGCCCUUCGCCGAAACACUUGUCACGUCCUAGGGUUCAGGCAGGUUGGGACGACGACGCCCGGCUGACAGGUGGUGGCUCUCAAAGCAGAAACCUAAGGCUUUUCGACAUGGCCCAACACCGUGACAGCCCUGGGAGGCUAACAGACGCGCUCUGCCUGGAGGUACGCUCCACGGAUUUCGAGAUAAAGAACGAACAAGCGCUACUCAGAACCUCAGAUCCCAAAUACCAGCUUUUUAUUCCCCGACUCGUGACUGGCAGGUGCACGGCGAGAGCUUUUCAUAGAAAAUCACAGAGUUUGGAUCUGAACAUCAGCGGGAAACUGACUUUGUUACCCACUUUGUAUGAACUGCAUAGUAAGCCGACCGCCUGUCCCAGGCUGGAUGCCACGCAGCCCGUGGGCCUUUCACGUUUGUCUUUACAAUCGGCUAAAAAUAGCUGUUCCUUUCCGAACCCAUCCCGUUUUGAUCCUAACAUGCUGCUGCCAGGAUUUUCUGUGGCUCCCCACGAGACCCAGACACAAAGAGGAGGCGAGUUUCAGUGCGGUCUAGAAGCUUCUUCCGUGUAUUCUGACAACGCUACCAGCAGCAACCUGACUUUCCUCGUGGACCUGCCCUCGGCUGGUCGCAGCAGACUGGAAGGCUCCGACCAGGAAGAGCAGCUGUCCCCUCUGGAUUUCCUGCGCUCAGCCAGCUUGUCACUGGGCACCAUUAACCAGAGGCUGAAUAAGAGAGAGCGGAGCAAGCUGAGGAAUCUAAGGAGGAAACAACGACGGCAUGAAAGAUGGCUGCAGAAGCAGGGUAAAUGCCCGGGAGUGGGAUUGCUAAAUCACAUGAGUUUGAGUAAUGACAUGAGUACAGAUGAAGACAACGACUGUGCGGAAGAAAAGGACAGCUACGUCUGCGCCGUGUGUCUGGAUGUCUAUUUCAACCCUUACAUGUGUUACCCUUGCCGCCACAUCUUCUGUGAGCCCUGCUUACGGACUCUGGCCAAAGACAACCCAGCAAGCACCCCCUGCCCGCUGUGUCGGACAAUCAUAUCUAGAGUCUUUUUCCAGACAGAACUGAACAAUGCCACAAAAACAUUUUUUACUAAAGAAUAUUUGAAAAUAAAACAAAGCUUUCAAAAAUCCAGCUCUGCCAAAUGGCCCCUUCCAAGCUGCAGGAAAGCAUUUCAUCUUUUUGGAGGCUUCCACCGGCGGCCAGCGCCGGUCACCAGGCGGCAGUUCCCGCACGGCGCCCACAGGAUGGACUACCUGCACUUCGAGGACGACAGCCGCGGCUGGUGGUUCGACAUGGACAUGGCCAUCAUCUACAUCUACUCCGUCAACUGGGUCAUCGGCUUCGUGGUCUUCUGCUUCCUUUGCUAUUUUUUCUUUCCGUUCUAGGAAUCUGAUAUCUUACUGUCACUGAACAAUCAUCACUGGUGUCAAUAAACGUCGCGUAGACCUUUUUUAAGAUGUGCUUUCAAGUUUUUAUAAUGUUGCCUUGUGUAAAGGGUUGGUGUUUAUAAGAAAGCCUGAGAAUAAUGGACGUGUUUCCUAAUGUUUUCCUGAAUGAACGAGACUUCAUUCAAGAGCUGACCUAUCCGGAACUUACCAACAGUGUUCAAUUAACAGUGUAUCUGGCUUAGGGUAUGGGGUUCCACUUUUCCAGUGUCAUUUUUAUACUCAUUUUCAU